UUUCUUGCCUUCUCCGCAAACCCGCGCUCACACACUCACACACUUACGGCUCACCACCACUCACACUCGCCCUGCCUCUCUCACUCUAACAAAUUACCCUCCCGCUCUUUGACUGUCAGUCCAGUCCACUUUUUGACUCAUAAUUCUAUCUCCAUCUCCUUCCCAAUUACCUGGGCCUUAUUACUCACGAUCCUCGAGACCAAUUCCAACAUACCAACAUCCUCCUGCUGCACCUAGAUCCAACCCCGUCUAUCAAGAUGGCGUCCAGGAUAAUGCCCAUGAGGCCUGGCUCAAGCACCAUCAGAUCAAUCUCAAAACGAAGACCCUCGUGCUCACAUCCUUUCUCCACCACCGCUCCCACCGCCGCCUUAUCCCCCUACCGCAAACCCCAGAAACCCUCUGCCGACCAGUCAAGACGACCUGCAACCACCGCUGCAGCUCCGGCCUCAUCUCCUCGCCCUGUCCCAAGUCCUGCAUUCAACAAUGACUUCAAACGGAAUGAGCCUUCGCCCUUGGUCAACCGGCAAUUACCUGAGCUUGAUGACUCAUUUGUCGGCCUCUCGGGAGGAGAAAUCUUCCAUGAGAUGAUGCUGCGGCAAGGUGUGAAGCACAUUUUUGGCUAUCCUGGUGGUGCCAUCCUCCCAGUCUUUGAUGCCAUCUACAACUCAAAACAUUUUGACUUUAUUCUGCCGAAACAUGAACAAGGUGCCGGCCACAUGGCAGAAGGCUACGCUCGAGUAUCCGGCAAGCCUGGCGUUGUCCUCGUGACCUCAGGGCCAGGGGCUACCAAUGUCAUUACUCCCAUGCAGGAUGCCAUGUCGGAUGGUACCCCUAUGGUUGUUUUCUGCGGUCAAGUGCCCACCACCGCCAUUGGAACCGACGCUUUCCAGGAAGCCGAUGUUGUCGGUAUUUCGAGAGCUUGCACGAAAUGGAACGUCAUGGUUAAGAAUGUGGCCGAGCUGCCAAAGCGCAUCAAGGAGGCCUUCGAGAUCGCCACUUCCGGACGACCAGGCCCCGUGCUUGUCGAUCUACCAAAAGAUGUCACUGCCGGCAUCCUACGGAGACCAAUUCCCAUGCAAUCGACCCUCCCUGCCCAUUCUUCCGCCGCGAGCUUGGCGGCCCGAGAACUCUCGAAACGCCAGCUUGAUGGUGCCAUCUCCCGCUCUGCCGACCUGAUCAACAUUGCCAAAAAGCCUAUCAUCUAUGCUGGCCAAGGCAUCCUUGGUUCCCCCGAUGGCCCUCGUCUUUUGCGCGAGUUGUCGGACAAGGCCAACAUUCCAGUGACAACGACCCUCCAGGGGUUGGGUGGUUUUGAUGAGCUCGAUCCCAAGUCUUUACACAUGCUGGGCAUGCACGGUGCCGCGUACGCCAACAUGGCAAUGCAAGAAGCAGAUUUGAUCAUUGCUCUUGGCGCCCGGUUCGACGACCGAGUGACACUCAACAUCGCCAAGUUUGCGCCCAAUGCCCGUUUGGCGGCUGCUGAGAAGCGAGGAGGAAUUAUCCAUUUCGAAAUCAUGCCCAAGAACAUCAACAAGGUGGUUCAGGCAACUGAGGCCGUCGAAGGAGAUGUAACCGCGAAUCUGGCAGGUCUCAUCCCCAAGGUGAACGUGGUCAAGGAACGACCCGAGUGGUUCGCACAGAUCAAGGACUGGAAGGAGAGAUUUCCCCUCACAAGCUACGAGCGGGGAACUCCUGAUGGUCUCAUCAAACCGCAGGAGCUCAUCGAGAAGCUGUCCGACAUGACCGCUCACAUGAAGGAAAAGACUAUCAUUGCGACCGGCGUGGGCCAGCAUCAAAUGUGGACGGCCCAGCAUUUCCGAUGGCGACACCCUCGAACCAUGGUGACCUCUGGAGGUUUGGGAACCAUGGGUUACGGACUUCCUGCCGCAAUCGGAGCCAAAGUGGCUGCGCCAGAGGCUCUCGUUGUGGACAUUGAUGGAGAUGCCUCUUUCAACAUGACCCUAACCGAGCUAAGCACGGCGAAUCAGUUCAACAUUGGUGUCAAGGUCAUUGUCCUAAACAACGAGGAACAAGGGAUGGUGACGCAGUGGCAGAGUUUAUUCUACGAGGAUCGAUACGCCCACACGCAUCAAAAGAACCCUGACUUUGUCAAAUUGGCCGAGGCAAUGGGUGUCGCAGCCAAACGGUGUUCGACGCCCGCCGAGGUAGAAGAGAGCCUCAAAUGGUUGAUCAGCGGCAGUGGUGAUGGACCUGCAUUGUUGGAAGUCAUUACAGACAAAAAGGUGCCCGUACUCCCGAUGGUGCCGGCUGGAAAGGCUUUGCAUGAAUUCUUGGUAUACGAUGAAGCCAAAGAAAAGGAACGAAAAGCUCUACGGAAACAACGGUCUGGACAUUGAGAGAUGGUGCCAAUCUCAUAAUAUGAUAGAUCAGUGAAAAGCUGGGCAUCAUUGUAUAGGCGAUGUACGCAAAUUUGAAGGCAUAUCUGCUUCAACCACUCCGAGUGAUGGAGAACACAGGAACAUUCUUGAGCCUCAAAGCAAGCCAGAGACGUGGCAGUUGUCAUAUGACGGUGGGGCUGUUUGAGAUGCAAAAAGUUCAUUUUAUAGUCUGAAGUCACAUGUAGCGUUUCUGAUGCGUUCUAUGGGCUUAGUUGAAAGACGACGAGCGGUCGAAGCUGGCAGCUUAGAUGUCGCUUUGUUGAUUACUAUUGCAUCAGAACUUGAUAAACUUACAUCAGCAGUACGCGUGAUGAUGCAAACUUGAAGCUGUUGUUUGAG